AAUGCAGUAGUUUAAAGUCGGCUGUAGAAGUGUAUAUGCAGACGACAUAUGUCGACAUAUGUAUUCUAAGAAAGUAAUGUUGCGGAAGUUAGCCGAUAUAAAUUUCAGGAAGUUCGAACGUGAAAUAGGCGUAAAAGAGCUGUGGGUUGGAAAUGUAUAAGUUAUGCAUUCGCAUGUACUUGAACAUUUAGUGUAACGUACAUCAUAGUAUUUUGAAGAACUGUUCAUGUCGGCAAGUUCAGUAUGAUUAAUUAAUGGAGGCAACCUCAAAAUAAGACUAUGCAGAUAAUUUGCCUAGGAACAGCGUCGUGCUAUCCCACUUCUAGUAGAAGCGUAUCAUGCACAGCCAUUAGAUUCGAAGAUGGCAGUGUGUGGAUAUUUGACUGUGGUGAAGGAUCACAAGUUCAACUGCAGAAGUCUCCCCUGCGCCCGAGUCGUAUUACCAAAGUUUUCAUCACGCAUUUGCAUGGAGAUCAUUUAUUUGGCUUACCAGGACUGAUGUGUACUCUAGGGAACAUGGUACCUGACAGGAGUGACUUCACCUUGGAAAUAUAUGGACCACAGGGUUUGCGUAAAUUUGUCAGAGAUACCCUGAUCCUUUCAAGAUCAGCUCUUACUUAUGAAUAUGUUGUUCAUGAACUAAUUCCUGUAGCAGAGCAGUAUCCUGAAGACUGGAAUACAUGGCCUGCUGAUAACCUUGCAACUGGGAGCCUUCAUCCACAGGAAAAACAAGGAAAGGAUAUCAAUGCUACCUGUGAUCUCACUUGGAAUGUGUUUGAUGGGCAGAGUGUCUGUGUGAAGGCAGGUGCUGUAAUGCACAGCAUCCCCUCAUUUGGAUUUGUCAUCACAGAACAAGAUGAACCAGGGAAGCUGGAUGCUGAUCAUCUCAGAGUUCUAGGAGUACCCCCUGGUCCGUUGUAUGCGCGUAUCAAAAAGGGUGAAGCUGUUACCUUACCAUCUGGUAAAACUCUGGACCCAUUGGAUGUGUUGGGCCCUCCUAAACGUGGAAGAAGAGUUACUAUUCUUGGUGAUACGUCUGACUCAUUUAAAAUGGUUGAUUUAGCUCAGUCCAGUGAUGUUGUAUUGCAUGAGGCAACACUAGAGAACUGUAUGGAGGAGAAAGCUAUUGACAUGGGUCAUUCAACCCCAAAAAUGGCUGCUCAGUAUGCUGAAAGAAUUGGUGCACGAGUUCUUAUCCUAUGUCACUUCAGUCAGCGUUAUAAGACAGUACCAGUGAAUGAUACUGACUUGUGUGUGGAUGUACUACUUAAGGAAGCUCAACAAGAGCUGACUGUACGAGGCUGUCCCUGUACAGUGAUUCUUGCAGAAGACUUGAUGGAGUUCACUGUUCCCAGGCCUAGCAGCUAACAAUAUUUAUAGAUCAAUGAGUGUUAAAGUGGAAUGUUUUUCCAGCCGAUAGUUGAGCUUGCAGAUGUGUUCAUUGUGCAGCACCAGAUGAUAGAGGAAAGAAUGGAGCAUUGGUGGAAUAAUACUGCACAAGGGAGACACCAGAGUACCAGGAGAAGAUGCUGCUGCAGGACCAGUUUUGCAACCAUAACCUACUCUGGGAUUGAACUCAGACCUCCUUGAUGUGAAGCUGGUGACUCACUGCCUGAGCUUUGGCAUAGCCUAGUCUAGAGUUGCUCUACACUAAUCUGUUUGGACUUGGAAUUAGGUUUAUCAGCUCAUGUAAAAUACAAAAAAUAAAUUUUGGACAAGUACAUAAUUUUCCAUUCAUUCCAGCAUUAAUCGUGUGUGAGAUACAAACACUGGUUAUUAACCCUUUCAGGACAAACCCCGUAUACUUGUGUCUAUUUAGCAUGCCCAUGGGACCAACCCCAUUAUACUUGUUUCCAGUUUUUCUGUGUGUGUUCACACAAGCACAUACUUCACGUUACAUGUUCUUUCAGGCCGCACCAUAGCUCAAGCGGUUAGUCGCU